AUGUUCAAACCCUCCAACCCUAUGAUGGCCCGCCUGCGCUUCACGACUAAGCAGGUCAAUGGAGGAUUCUACAAGGGUAACCGGACCGGCGCAAUGGGUCACUUCGACAGGAAAGGCAACUACGUGAUCGACUGGCACAAAGUCCGCACCUAUGCCGCCCCGGAGGACAUGGGGGAUUUCAAGCUCACACCUUUUGUCACCAAGGUCGCCGAGCCCAAGCGCAGCAAGUACACCAAGGAUGUCGAGAAACACGGGCGCACAGUCACCAUGAACGACAGCCUUAAGGGCCAAGACUUCCUCAACAUCUGGGGCGAGCGCAAUGGCGAGGAAAUUAUGCAGCGCGAGGUUGAAGAGUACAAGAGCCAGCGGUAA